CAGUUUGUCUCUGCGAUUCGUAAAUUGUAGAGCAGUCGCAUCGCGACUUCAUCGAGCCCCUUCGAGUAAAUAAUUCGCCCCGUAGGUUUUCCUUUCGCCGUGUGUUGUUCGGGUCGGCAACAUGCCUCUCGCCAGAGAUCUACUCAACCCUUCCCCGGAAGACGAGCGCAGGAAGUGCAAGUUGAAGAGGUUGGUGCAGCAGCCGAAGUCUUUCUUCAUGGACGUCAAGUGUCCAGGCUGCUACAAAAUCACAACAGUCUUUAGUCAUGCCCAGACAGUCGUGCUGUGCGUCGGCUGCUCCACGGUUUUGUGCCAGCCAACAGGAGGCAGGGCUAGGCUAACUGAAGGCUGCUCUUUCAGGAAAAAGCAGCACUGAUGGGAACAGUCUGGCUGUAAAAAAAGAAGAAAUAAAUGGUCCUGUACCAUGUCAUCAUUGCAGUGUUAUGGUCUUUCCCAAUAAACCACUCGUUUGUAUUCCA